AUGACGUACUCGAGAGAGCUCCUGCUUGCCGUCGGCAGCUUGGAGGCAUGCAAGCUGCUGCCCGCCGACGCCGACUUGUCCAAGCACCCCGAUGACGCCGCACUGUUGGUUCCUUCCCAAAUUCUGGCUGGCCGCUCGGCUGGAAGAGCACCUGGAGGUCAGUCGAGUGGUGAAACUAGGUUGCUCCUUUCGUCUCCAGAUUUUCCAUCAGAGCCGGAGGCGUUUGAAGCAGGCGCAGGAAGCAAAUCCAAGCCAUGCGUCAGGUUCUUCAGCACCGCAGGCUGCCGCUUUGGCUCCAACUGCCACUUCAUCCACGACAUUCCGGCCGGCUCCCAGGCCGUCGCAGAAACGAGCAUUCCGAGUGGCCCAGCUACAGCACAAGACCAGAACGAGCUUGCCAUGCUCAAUCCAACGCUACCGCCCAUGGGCAUGGACCAACCAAGCCCCACCGGUGACCAUGCACUCAGAGCGCCGACGCCUUCCAGCGCAGCUCCGGCGAGCUUCGGCGCUUGGGCGACGGCCAAGAUCAGCGUGGACGCGUCCCUCGCAGGCGCUAUCAUCGGGCGGAGCGGAGCGACCAUAAGGGAGAUAUCCCGGGCCAGCGGCGCCAGGCUGCGCAUUCGCGACCACGAGCGGGACGCCGGCCUGAAGAACGUGGAGCUGGAGGGCACGCCAGAGCAAAUCAGGCACGCCAGCGCCAUGGUCUGGGAGCAUCUGCCGGUGCCCGGCGGAGGGCGAUAUAACGGCGUCAAGACCAGGCUGUGCGCGCACUUCGCCAGAGGGUCCUGCACGUAUGGCGACGGCUGCCGCUUCGCCCACAGCGAGAGCGAGCUCCGCAGGCCGGCUCCUGCUGCUCGAGAGCCGUGUGGUUGGUAG